GAGAGAGAGAGAGAGAGAGAGAGAGAGAGAAUCAAACUGACGACCUUCAUUUUUCUGAGAGAACGAGCAGCAUCGGUCCAUUGGAGAGAAACAGGUCUGAAAUCUUCUUCCUCUUCUUCACCUCUAGGUGUGUGUCUCCAUGGCGUUGGGGGAUUGUGCGUUUCUGGCUGUCUAUAUCAGUGUGUGUUUGACCUUUAACCUCGACACGUCGGCCCCGCUGCUGAAGACGGGCGGAGACGGGAGUCUGUUUGGUCUGUCUGUCGCCCUGCACCAGGACCUGAGGACAGACACCUACCUGCUAUUGGUUGGAGCUCCUAGAGAGAAGGCGGACCCUGGUGUUCUAGCUAAUCGGACAGGAGGAGUAUACAGCUGCCCGAUCUCCAUGGACCAAUUAGACUGCAGCAGGAUGAAGCUCAUACAUCCUGAUGUGAACCCAUCUGAGGACCUGAUUGAAGACAUGUGGCUUGGUGUCUCAGUAGCCAGUCAGGGCCGACCUGGAGGGAGAGUCCUGGCAUGUGGUCAUCGCUUUGUGAAACUCUAUGGACCAUUAGAGUUCAGGCAGAUGAUUGGCCGAUGUUAUCUCCUUGGAAACGACCUGCAGUUCAAUGAGAGUGACGUGAACUGGCAGAAGCCCGACCAGCCCUGCAGUCACCUUGGUGAUGUCAGAGCUGAGGUCAUGUGUAAUGCUGGGAUUUCAGCUUCCAUCACUCAGACCGAGGUCAUCGUAGGGUCACCUGGAAGCUACGAAUGGCAAGGUUACUCGAUUGCUCAGGCUCGUUGUCUUCUCUCUGAAGAUGAUGUUACCAUCGUAACAGGAGCUCCUAAGGACAGUAAAGAGGACGCUCGUGGCUCAGUGCUGUUGGCGGUGAAACAGAACAAUGAACUGGUCGUUCAGCAGAAACUCCGCGGUGAACAGACGGGCUCUUACUUUGGUAACGCCGUGGCAACAACCGACCUCAACAACGACGGGUGGAACGACCUGCUGGUGGGCGCUCCUUUUUACUUCCAUCGCCAGCAGGAGGCGGGCGGGGCAGUUUAUGUCUACAUGAACUCAGGAGGAGGGUUUGACUCUGGACCCACUCUGGUGCUGAGAGGACCGGCCCAAUCUGCGUUCGGUAUGACUGUUGCUGCUGCGGGAGACUUGAACCAAGAUGGCUUCCAGGAUUUUGCUGUUGGAGCUCCGUUCUCUGAAACAGGAAGUGUGAUGAUCUGGACCGGGAGUAGUGAGGGGGUUUCUACAGAACCGAGCCAGGUGAUCAGGGGCAGCAGUGUCGCUCCUCGGUUCAGGACGUUCGGGUUCUCUCUGUCUGCAGGUGUAGAUGUUGAUGGGAACAAAUAUCCAGACCUGGUGGUUGGUUCUCUGGACGACACUGUCGCUCUGCUCAGAACUCGUCCCGUCAUCCACCUCAAUCAAACACUCCGAGUUUCUCCGGACAUCGUCAACCCCGAAAUCUGCGACUUCUGCAUUAAGGUUGAGUUGUGUUUCUCCUACAUCUUCAGCACUGGAGAGAGGAAUUACAGAGACAACAUCACCGUUCACUUCGUUGUGGUCGCUGAUGUCACCAGCCUGAAGCCUCGCCUCCGUUUCCAGGACAACAGGCAGAGCACGUACUCUGGUCACCUGACGAUGCCGACGUCACGAUGUCACUUCCUGAGCGUCGGGCUGCUGAGUCCGAUUCGAGACAAAUUACAACCUCUGGUCUUCUCACUGAACGUAUCUCUGCACGAGAAGCCUCCCAAGAAAACAAGUGUCUUUCAGGAUCUGAAGCUCCUCCCAGUGCUGAGCCACACCCCACAACCCAUCCGAACCCAGAUUCAUAUCCAGAAGGCCUGUGGUUCUGAUAACCGUUGCCAUAGUAACUUGCAGAUGACAGCCCAGUUCACAGACGAGAACCAGGAACCCCUCAGCAUGAAGAAGAACAAACAAGUGUUGAACUACAACUCCGGCAUUAACAGAUUGUUUUUGGAGGUUAAUGUCAGCAACACACCGUCCGUGGGCCGACAAGCAGAGGACGCUCACAACGCCAUUUUGAACAUCAGCAUCCCACCAUCACUCACAUACUCCGGAGUUCGAACAAAGACAGUGACGGCUGACGUCACAGCAGCAGAAUGUUCGGUCCAGCACACGGUUCUUCAGUGUGAGCUGGGGAACCCGUUCAAGAGCAACCACAAGGUUCAGUUGUUCAUCAUAUUUCAAACAUCUGACAUCAGUUUGGAAACAAGAGAAAUUCAGACUUUGCUGCAGCUGUCAACUCUCAGUGAACAACAUCUGUCUCCUGUCUCUGUCUCCAUGUGGGUGGAAUAUUCACUGCAGACGUCCCUUACACUAAUCAGUUCACCAGGCCCCGCCUCCUUCAGUGGUCAUGUGAUCGGUGAAUCGGCCACAAAGAAGACAGAGGACGUCGGCAGUUUGCUGCUCUUCACCUUCAAGGUGCAUGUCAACGGGAAGCCACUGGGUAACCUAGGCAACCUGGAGGUGGAGUUUAAUUGGCCGAGUGUUCUGUCCAAUGGGAAGUGGCUGUUGUACCUCACAGAGAUCCGAGUGCACGGCACAUCCGAGCCUCGCUGCAAUCCGCCCGAUGACAUCAUCAACCCUCUCAACCUUGUGCUGCCAAUGGAGAAGAGGAAGGGGGGCGGUCUGGAGGAGGAGAUGAGGGGGCGGGUUCUGGAGGAGAACAGGGGGAGGAGUCUAGAGGAAGAGAAGAAGAGGAGUGAUAAAUCUCAACCCAUCCUCCUCCUGCAUCAACAGAAGAGAAAGUCGUACACUCUGGACUGUGUUCAUGGAGCCAAAUGUGUGACGUUUGUUUGUCCGUUAAUCAACAUGAAAAACUCUGCAACCCUGAGCGUGAGAGCAAGAAUCUGGAACUCAACCAUGAUCGAGGAUUACAGUGAUGCCAGGAGUGUGUUGGUUCGAGGUCGAGCAACCCUGAAGCUGCGGAGUAACAAACACACCAUCAACAUCGGGUCUCCCAGCACUGAGAUUGAGGUCCACAUUUACCCAGACCUGGGGCAACAGGUGGACUCCAGCGCCCCCUGGUUUAUCAUUGGGGUGUCCAUGGUGGCUGGAGUCUUACUGCUGGCUCUGAUCUGCCUGGUGCUCUGGAAGUGUGGGUUCUUCAGGAAGGCCAGCAUCAGAGAGCUGUACGAGGCAAAGUCGCAGACGGCUCACGUGAAGGAGCCGGAGUCCGAGAGCCUGAGCGAGGAGCUCUGAGUCUGGGCACCAAGCUGCAGACCGCCUGCUUACUGACUGCUUUACUUACUGGCUGGCUAACUUACUGCCUGGUUUCCUUACUGGCUGGCUAACUUACUGACUGGUUAACUUACUGACUGGCUAACUUACUGCCUGGUUAACUUACUGACUGGUUAACUUACUGACUGCUUUACUUACUGGCUGGCUAACUUACUGCCUGGUUUCCUUACUGACUGGUUAGCUUACUGCCUGGUUAACUUACUGCCUGGUUAACUUACUGGCUGGCUAACUUACUGCCUGGUUAACUUACUGACUGGUUAACUUACUGACUGGUUAACUUACUUUCUGGUUUACUUACUGACUGGUUAACGUACUGCCUGGUUAACUUACUACCUGGCUAACUUACUGCCUGGCUAACUUACUGACUGGUUAAUUUACUGACUGGUUAACUUACUGCCUGGCUAACUUACUGCCUGGUUAACUUACUGCCUGGUUUCCUUACUGACUGGUUAGCUUACUGCCUGGUUAACUUACUGCCUGGUUAACUUACUGGCUGGCUAACUUACUGCCUGGUUAACUUACUGACUGGCUAACUUACUGCCUGGUUAACUUACUGCCUGGUUAACUUACUGGCUGGCUAACUUACUGGCUGGCUAACUUACUGCCUGGCUAACUUACUGACUGGUUAACUUACUGACUGGCUAACUUACUGACUGGUUAACGUACUGCCUGGUUAACUUACUACCUGGCUAACUUACUGCCUGGCUAACUUACUGACUGGUUAACUUACUGACUGGUUAACUUACUGCCUGGCUAACUUACUGCCUGGUUAACUUACUGACUGGCUAACAAACUGCCUGGCUAACUUACUGCCUGGUUAACUUACUGUCUGGCUAACUUACUGCCUGGUUAACUUACUGCCUAGCUAACAAACUGGCUGGUUAACUUACUGCCUGGUUAACUUACUGCCUGGUUAAAUUACUGCCUGGUUAACUUACUGCCUGGCUAACUUACUGCCUGGUUAACUUACUGCCUAGCUAACAAACUGGCUGGUUAACUUACUGCCUGGUUAACUUACUGCCUGGUUAACUUAUGUCAGCCUGCUUCUGAUCGAUCAUUUUUUUCAAUAACAAACAUUGAUGAGUUUAUUCAGAUUUACGGUGAAAUGUAUUGUUUGGAAGUUUAAUGGUAAUUGUUGUUGAGUUUCACAGUUCACGUCUUGACUUGUGUAUGUGUGUCGCUGUGUGUGUGUCACUGUGUGUAUCUGUCUGUGAACAUUUAAUCAGUUUCACGUAACUUGAGUGAAAUAAUCCAGAGUUGUGAAACAGCGCCCCCACCCAGUCCGUGGUCAGUCAGGGAAUCACACUGUUGUUAAACUAGCUUAGUUUUGUUGCUGCGUUAAACAAGCGAUUCUCAAAGUUAAUAAACUAAUGUAAAGUCGGGUUUAGGAAGUGAAGAGAAUGAAGAGUGCAGUUCCUUUAAUAACCACAGGGGGCAGCAGGACCUGGUUUACAUGUUUGCGUGUCAUCCGUCAACUUUUCACUAUCUCGUGUUUUUAUGAUUUACAGUGACAACAUUGAUUUAAAUCUUUAUUAGAUGCUGUAAUGUUUCCCAUAAUGCACCACUACCCAGAAUCCUCUGGGAGUCUAAGAUACAGUCAGAUCCCAUUCUUCAUCUUCACCCUCAUCUUCAUCGAGAUCAAACUCAUUCACCUGAAAAACAAAAUUACAUUUGCUCUGGUUGUAAAUGUCUGUGUUACAUGAAAAUGUAUGUCUAGUCUAUAGUAUUAUAAUUCAUAUAUAUAUAUAGAUUGUACAUAUAUAUAUUCAUUUUGAUGUGUUGGUGUUAUAUUAUAGACAUAUAUCAUGCAUGUCUCACUGACAUGAAUGACUCCUUCGAUCUUCUCAUGUAAAAUCUGAUCCGACGUCUGUUUCACCUCCACCAUCACUUUACCAUUUUCUAAACACAAACACACACACACACACGCACACUGAUCAUCAAUAAACAUCAAUUCAUCACUGUCACAUUUGAACAGUAAAAAUAUAUUUCGUAUAGUCACAGUAACAUUAAUAGUAACAGUAAUACCAAGUAGAAUGAGCAGGACUGUGUUGAAUGCCUGAACCAGAGCUUUGUCUCUGACCAACUUCUGGAGUUUACAACGUUUGAGUAGCAAAACAUCUGGGCCUGAACAAAGAGACAACAUCUGGAUGUUAUAAUAUAACACACAAACACACACACACAAGACAAACAUCAAAUCCUAGAGGAAACGCUGGGAUACUAACCAAAUCAAAAGAAUCCUAAAUAACAUAUCCUGAGCCAAAUGUUUAAUAUUUCUUCAAUUUUUGUUAACAGAGCCAGAGAGUGCAUUUUAUGUAUUGUUUUGGUCAUCUGGUUUAUUAUAUAUAUAUGUUUUAUUCAUAUAUUAUGGGUUUAGGAUAGGGUAAAAUUAUAUUUGUCAAGCUAUUUUUAAUUCUUAUUCAAAUGUCAGACGAAUAUUCAUGAAUUAAAUACAUUGCUCAUUGAAAGGGUGAAUCUCUACUAUUAUUACAUCAGUGGUUUAAAAUGGUUUCAAGAUUACAAUAAUAUCAGUUAUCACGAUCUUUUCUGGGACAACAAUUGUGUUAUUGUGACAGUUUUACCUUAAUGUUUCUAAUAAAUCUCAUGAACCAAAGGAAACACUAUAUCGAUAUCUUCCUUCUUGUGUCCAGCUGAUGUGAGGUUCACGGUGUUGUGUGUUCCCGUUGUGCGUCGUCACCUGUGCAGGUGAAGCUGUCGUUGACCACAGCUGCUCCUCUGGUUGUGUGUCCGUGACGGGGGAAGUUGAGCUGCAGCAAGCAGCCAAACCUCAGGCUCCUCACUCCUC